UUUUUUUCUCCAAUGCAGCAAACGACUGCCCAAGUGAUCUUCAGAACUAUUUCUAUCUGGCUACCUUCUCCUUCCUCGGCCUGAGUAACGAGCAAUGGCAGGACCUGCUAGCACCACGUCCUCCAUGACCUCAACUUCUCACACAUUAACACAUGCGCCAUCAGUAGGAUUUUUAUCUGCCUUCGCCGAUUCCUCAAAGCCGUCCAGCGCCGUGGAGAUGCUCGAACUCUUCGAAGCCAUAAAGUCUGGCAAUCGACACAAUUUCUUACAACCCGCUCCCUCGAUCCCAAACGCUUCGCUUCAGCUUGCUAAAGCGACGCUAGAUGCAUAUGCCGGACAAUUAUGUGACGAACAGCAACAGCGCCUGAGAGAAGAGAGUAAAAAACGAAAGCGAGCCGAGGCUGGGCUAGGCAGAGGCGAAGUCCUAAAAAUUAGGAAAGUUCAUAUAGAUGGAUUUGAAAGCGGCCAGGUUUGGCAGCAGGCUAGAAGAAUUAUUGCAAGUACAUUGCAAGAUUCAAAAAGUGUGCUUCAGGAACUGGAGGAGCAAAACGAGGUUCGGGUGAACGGUAUCAAUGGGAAUGCACACUCCGAUGCUUUUGAGUCGGAUGACGACAUCUCCGAGGCUGGCUCUGUCGAUGACGAUUCGGCUUCGGAGCUUGAGAGCUCAGAUGAAGCUGAGCAAGUUAUUAAUGGUGAAGAAGAUUUAGACGAGGAAGAUCUUGAAGAUGAUGCCGAGCUAUCUAUGAAUGGGGUCGAAGAGGACCUUGAUGACACUGAUGAGGAAGAUGACGACAUUGACGAUGAGGAAGAACCUGAAGAGCCUUCUCAAGAGCUAAUCGAGGAUCCGAAUGGUCUCAACGACGGCUUUUUCUCUAUCGAUGAUUUCAACAAACAAACUCAGCGGUUUGAGGAUGCGGAUGCCCGAGGUGACCCAGAUGUCGACAACGCGAGUGACGACGACGAGGUAGAUUGGCACACCGAUCCGUUUGCCGUCAAGCCAUCUACCGACGAGAAACAUUCCAGUAAGCCUAUCAAGGGCACCGAGGACGAGAUGGCUUCCGACAUGGAAGACGAAGACGAAGAUGAAGAAGGCGGACCUACCUUUGGCGACAUGGAUCUAGAUGCACCAGAGGGAGAUAGCGAGGACGAUAAUGAAGAAGGGAUCGACGGCAUGGAUGGAGGUGAUGAUUUCAAUGCUAAUGAGAUCUAUUACAAAGAUUUCUUCGCGCCUCCACAACGAAAAGGGACUAGAAACGGCAAACCUAGAAAAUAUAAGGAACCUCGUCCGAUGGAAGUAAAUGGUGAUGAUGUCGAGCGGGCCAUGGCUGACGUUCGGCGAGAUCUAUUUGAAGACGAAUCAGAGCGAGAAGACUCGGAAGAUGCUCUUUCUGAUGUAUCCGCAGGUGAUCCUAAAUCUAGGAGAUCUGCACACGAAAGAAGACAAGUCAAACUAGCAGAAGAGAUCAGAAAGCUCGAAGCUGCAAAUGUGGCCAAGAGGGAAUGGGUAUUAUCUGGCGAAGCCCAAGCCGCUGACCGACCAAUGAACUCUCUGCUGGAGGAAGACCUCGAUUUCGAGCACGUCGGCAAACCUGUACCAGUCAUUACCGCAGAAGUUAGCGAGAGCAUCGAGGACAUGAUCAAACGCCGUAUCCUAGCGCAAGAAUUUGACGAGGUCAUUAAACGGCGCCCCGAUGCAUCCGAGUUCUCUUCAAAUACCAGACGAGGACUUGUCGAUCUUGAUGAUACCAAAGCUAAGCAAUCGCUUGCGGAGAUCUAUGAAGAGGAACACGUCAAGACUACAAAUCCAGACUCCUACGUGAGCAAGGCCGACGAGAAGCUUCAAAAGGAAGAGAAAGAGAUUGAGCAGAUGUGGAAAGAAGUCAGCGCAAGCCUUGACGCUCUUACUAGCUGGCACUACAAGCCAAAGCCUACUGCACCCUCGCUUACGGUUGUCUCGGACGUGGCGACGAUUAGCAUGGAAGACGCUCAACCCACGACCGCGCAAGGCGUCAGCGGUGGUGACCAUACAUUAGCACCGCAAGAGAUCUACAAGGCUAGCAAGGACACGGCUGAAAAGGGCGAGGUGGUUGCCAAGAGUGGAUUGCCCGUUGCUAAACAAGAGAUGAGCCGAGAAGACAAGAUUAGACGGCGUAGGAGAGAAAAGGAGAGGCUACGGAAGACUGGCGGUGCCGAAAAUAAGAAGCCCCAGAGUGCGAAGGCUCAGGCACAGAAACAAACGCUCGGUGAUCUCAAGAUGGGUGGUGUCAAGGUCAUCAAUAAGAAAGGAGAGAUUGUGGAUAUGGAGGGUAACAAGGCGAAGGCCGCUAAGGCAGCAUCGAGCAGUAGCUUCAAGCUUUGAUAAUACCAAGACGAAAAUUAAUAAAAGUUGGUUACAGUUGGAAUCUUAAGGCAGCUACAUUUAACACUUGUUACACGUGUGUUCCUCCGAACCCGUCAUUACAUCAUCGUGAACGCCACGUUUGAGAUCCUUCAUGUAGCCACAUCGAGGGCGUGUUGUCAGUUUGUUGUAUUAUCGCAUGAACUGAGGAUAAUAGGUGAUUAUAUAAGGAAACAGUCCAGUCAGUACAUGUGAACGGGAUCGAUAAAGUA